AUGAACCGUAAGAACAAGAAUGUGAAAACUACAAGCCGUUGAAAUAUUUUUUUUCGAAUACAAUUUUUGGAUUUUUUUUCUGAAGUGCGACGAACUAUUUUGAGUGGUGAUUGGAAUUUAAGUGAUUUCUUUUCGAGUUUAUUUAAGAUGGCGCGUCACAGCUGGGCCUGCGUGUUCGCGCUUCUCGCCCUUUCCGCAGCCAAAGAUCAGAGCCGAUGGUCAAGACAGAUCAGCUCGUACACCUCCGACCUCUCCGACUGGGUUCCCUUACCAGGACCUGUUGAACGGGAGCCUGUCCAACUUCCACAAAUCAAACGCCAAGCCGUCGCUGAACCAAGAAUUCUCGCGGAACCUGUCUUCCCAGGCUUCCAAAGACCUACUGGCUUCAGCCAAGAGUUCCCCGGAAGAACUUACUAUAAUCCAGCUAUGAACAGGCAGUUGUACCUCCAAUCGUUACCGGCUGUACCAUCUGCGCCACAGAACUACUUGUCAGACCAAGGUUUCAGUCAAGGCAUCAGAUUUGGACUCGCGCAACCGAACUUCGCAUUGAAUCAAGGCUAUGUCGCGCCGCAGUACAAUUUCGACGCCGUCCCUCAACCGAAGCCGCGACCACAACCAACCUUAACCAACCCGGUCAGCUUCAAAAAUAACCUCCCGUCGCCUCAAGCCAAACCCUUCAACGGCCAAGUACCGAAAAAGAUAGAAUCACCGAAAUUCGUCGACGGAUAUCGUGUCGAAAAUGUCAGCAGCUUCCCCUUCCUGAAGAAGCCACAGUCCCUACAGAAACUUAAAUACGAUACAUUGGAUAAAAUCCCCAAAACUGAGAUGGUUCCUCCGAGAGCGAAAUCCGAGAAGGAAGAAGUACAGUUGCUCUACGUGCCUUUGGAAUCUCUGAAUAGAGGCCAGUUCAACUUCAGAAGUCCGUUGAAUUCUCAGCAACUGUUGAAUACUGAUAUUUACAACCAAAAUGUUCAAAGGACUUCCCUCUCAAACCAGGCGCUACCGAAGCAAACUUUCGCUGCAGACUUUCAGAGACCGAUUUCGAAGCAAAUAGACAACUACAACCCAGAGUACUUCUCAAACUUUAACUCUCAGUAUAAAGAGCCGGAUCAAGUGCCCAAAUUCUCUACUAUUAGUACUCCAGCACCAACAUCACCAUCGACAACUGUGAGGCCCAAGAAACUGAAGCCUCACCAACCACCACUAGCAAUCUUCCUGACUCAAGAAGCCAAGAAAGGAGGACAACUCAAAGUGGGAGACGUUCUUUCUUCGCUGAAAAACGCCGAGUCCAUUGCCGUUUUAGACUCCGUCAAUCCUUUGACUGCUCCUAAAGUCUUCAUUGGACCUUCAAACUUAGGCCCGCCGGAAAACUUUGUAAAGUUUGAACUGCCUUACCUGUCUAACAUUGAGCAUAGCGACAAGAAACUCCGUCAACUGCCAUUCUUCGUUGCUCCUCUAAGUUACAACACACCAAAUGGUUUCGCUAAAAUUCCCUUCCCGUCGCCUCAUGUUGGUUCUGUCGUCAUCAAUUCGCAAAUCAAAGACACCUCUUCGACCUUGCCGCCAGCGACUGCCGAUGUGAUUCCAAACUCUUACUCAUCUGCCCCACAUUAUUACAAACCAGAGAAACCUGCUACUCAGAAACCAAGCGUAAGUUUCUAUAGCACGUCUGCUCCGAAAACGAAUGCUCCAUUGAACCGACAGUCGAAUUAUUACUCCUUCGAGCCCCAAACUGUCAGCACCAUCAGACCACCAAAGGAACCUCAGGCCAGUAUCGUAUCAAGCACUCCUAAGACUGGGGGAUCUUACUUCCUAAGCAACAUCCAAGAUCAGUAUAAUCCAGCUAUCAUUCCCAACUUCGAUGUUCAAGAUAACUUCAAGACACAGGAGCCUGUGAAAGCUUUCAACUACGUUAAUACUGAACCCACCACGCUGAGGACUACAACACAGUCGAGUACAACGACAAGACCUUCAACUUACCCGAGCCAGUUGUUGGAAACUCACAAUCCAUACUCCAUAAACCAAGCUUUCCAUUUCAGCACCCCCUUAGACUACCAUAAUCUAUUUGAUGAAAACUACGCGACUCCUGGCUUCCCUCAAUCUUCGUCACCCUCUCACCCUGCGCAGCCAUCUCAGCCAUCACCCCCACCAACCCCAAUCAGCUCUACACCAAGCUCGACACACAAACCAGUAGAACAAAUCACUGAAAAAACAUAUCAAUCAUCCCCGGCUUACGUCCAAAAUUACUCCCCAGAAAUCCACUAUGAAUCUGAAUUGACAAAUGCCAGAUACCCCGUUACUAAUACAAAUGAUUACCCGACCAAAACUGAAAUGACGUCAGACUACAGUCAAUCUAGUCCUCAAGAUAAUACUCAAAAUACCUAUUCCGUUAGUAACGUAAAUCCACCGGUUGAAUACAAUAGCAAUAUUAAAACACAAUCUCCUAUUUACAACACUCAGACAGUAGACAAUGAGCAAUCCGAGACGGACGGUUCUACGAAAUCACCUUAUCUAUACAACCAGUAUGAAACUAGCUAUGAGGAGGAAAAACAGACUAGUCCUACAACUAGUACAACUACGACUACACGAAGGACGCCCAUCAGGAACAGAGGACGUCCCCGAUACACCACUCCUAAGGCAGACUCGAACGAAUCUACCAUUAGGAACGUGGCUACUCGCAGGCCUCUGAGGGAGCGGAAGCCUUUGCCACCACGCAAUAAGUACGAGCCCAACAAGAUCACCACUGAACGAGCUACAAGGAAACCCAUCGACUCCAGCGAGAGUACCACCAAGUACUCUAGAAGCAGGACUCGAGGUCGCGUCCACUUCAAACCUACGGAUAGCGAAGAAUAUUACGGCAAGUCUGGGAACAAAGGUACCGGUGCCAAGGAUGACCUAGCUUACCAAAGAGACGUCCUUCAUCAGAACUAUCCUGUCACUUUAAUGGAACGCUCUAGCACAGUUGACAUUGAAGCUAUUACCGAGCCCGUCCCUAAAAUAUCGUCAACAAAAGAUAUAGAAGCUCCUACAGAAGUAUAUGAUACGGAAAAUGCUUACAGCUACGAUAGAGCUUCUGUGAGUCAACAUGUGCCCAACCCGUCAUCCAGAGAGGAAACGUACACUCGCACUGAGAAAGCCGAGACUCAAACCGAAACAUACGUCCCUAAAGUACCCGCAAGCAAAGAAGAAUACACUUACCAAUCUCGAAGCAGCCUAGCUCCUGUCGAUGCUUAUUCACAGUUUGAAGAGUCUUCUGAAGAGGAAUCAUACGUCAAGCAAACAACACCUUUACCUUAUACUGAAAAGCCUGAAUAUUCUUUCGGAACAGAAACUUUUAGCGCUGUCUCCGAGGUGAAUCCGUCGAGCAUCUCCAUUAGUGACCUGUCUUCUAAACCUGAAGAAGUAACCACUGUUCCUGAUAUAGAAAUCACUAAAGUAUCAAGCCGAGAAACGACACUCGCUUCUGUAGAAGAACAAGAAGAAAAUAUUGUUCAAACUACGCCCUCUUACAAUAGAGUACGCGUGCGCCCAGGAGUUGUUAGACAAUACCAUCAGACGUCAACUGAGACUACUAGAGCGAAGCCCGAGAGAAGGAGGCCAUCUCAACCGGUGACAUACAGACCAGCUUUUGACAGACGCAGGACAACAAUGAGGAUUGAAGAAAUUGAGGCUGAUCUGAAAACGAAACAAGUACAUUCUCGUCCCGAAGUUCAAGAACACAGGCAUCCAGUUUACAGGCCGGAACCCACCACCGAACCUGCGGUCACGACGUCAUCUAGUCAGGAAGCGACAACUAAACGUGGGGCUUUUCGCCGUCGUCGACCAACAUACACCACCACUUCAACGGAAGCUUCUAGUGGUGCCAGUACUAAGAGAACAUACGAGGUAAAGAACAGAUUCAGAGGACGCCGUCCGACUGACAGACCUACCACAGAAAAAUCUGAAGCCCAAACUGAUGCGUCAACGACCACAGCGAGAAAUAACGUCUACAGCAGAUACACCAGACCACGUCUAUCAGAGAGAUAUAACAAGAAACCCGAACCUGAGGACUCUGAAGACCAAGACUCUAACUACUCCAUCAACAGACCCAAAUACGUCGAACCCGAAACCGAGCAAUGGUCUCCUAAAAUCUCCACUGACUCUUUUAAACCUUACAACCCGAACGAUAUAAUUGAUGAAAAGAAAACGACCACCGCUCGAAAUGACGAAGAACUCGACAUAAUCACUGCUAAGAACAACGAAUAUGACGAUAUUUUAAUAUCGGUUACGCCAGCAACUAAUAAUAGAGUUAAUAAGAAGAUACCUGAUAUCCCUCCUACACUAGAAGCUUUAGUAGAACAGAGUAAGACGACGAAGAGUGAUUCUGGGGAUACAAUGUCGACUUUUGAAACGAUGCUGGAAGAAGUGAUGAAGAGUUUAGAGGAACAGGAUGAGGAUGAGUACACGUCGAAGGUGAUGAAACACAAAGGAGGAGAAAUUGGAGAGAUUCCUCCUGAAAGGAUCAUAUCCUCCGGAGACAUUUACUCUAGAUCGACGACCGUUGAAGAGCACGAAGCCACUACAGUUGACCCAGCGACAGAGGAUUCUACUCACAAAGAGGAGGAGAAAGAACAGAAAAAUCGUCGCCGUGGCUUCUGGAAGAAAGUAAAGGUCCGUCCAGCCACUACCGAGUCCAUCGAAGCAGCCGAGUCCCAGUACUACACCAACACCGUCAACCGUCUUGGCCAUCCCGUCUCCGCCUCCAAAGCCAUCCACGACAAAUUGCCUGCCAACGACAAACUCAAAGUAACCACCUACAAACCACCUUACCAAUUCUUCAAAGACAUAUUCGAUGAAGUCGAAGAUGAGAUUCUACCAACUAUUGAUAUUCCGAAAAUCAACAAAACCAUAGAAAACACGUCUCAAGUAGAAACCGAGGAAGUCAAAACUACUCCUGAAGUGAAGACGACUACAGUUACUGAAACAAGUGUGGCUAAGGAAACUCCCACUGAAGCUGUACCAAAUCCUGGUGAAAUGGACCUUGGUACUGGAUCUCCUGAUCCGACACUAGACAGCAUCUAUUCCACACCAACUGAAGCCACUACUAAAGCUGCAGGUAUCGUGGACAGAUCUGAUGGGUUCAGUCUCAUGGACUAUCUAUUUGGCGCCACAACCGAUGAGGAAGAGAGUCACACAGAUUACAAAAAGUAUAACCAGGAACAGACACAAACCACAGAGAAAGCUGAAGAAAUCCAAAUAACUACAGAACAGAGUAAGCCGAGAUUGCCUACAACUGAAUCAACAUACAUUCCUGAGGAAAUCACAGCUGUGCCAAUAGAUGAUGAUAAGACAGAAACCGCUACUCCUGACUUUGAAAUUAAAAAAAUAAACGCUUCUGAAGUUCGUCAACCUGUAGAGAGAGUCGUUGAAAGUACAGAAAAAUCAGUACAGAUAGAAACAUAUUCUGUGUCAAGUUUCAUGAAUCCCAACAAUGUGAUCAGUACAUCAAUGUCCACUGAAAUUUCACACGAAACAGAAAUCUGCUAUAGAGGCAAAUGCAUCAAAACUAGCAAAGAUAUUUUAUAAGGCCAACUUCCCAAAUAAUAAAAAGGUGCUAAAGACUUUGUGUUCAAAUAGUGAAUAAACAAUAAAGUGAAUGUGUGAGGACUUAAAUUAUAAAAUUUAUAAUAGGUGUCUCAAAUAACUAAAUUGAAAGCUAUAUAUUUGAGUCAACUAUAAUAAAAUCUUUAUUUAUUAAGCAAAACUGGUGAAAUUUUGUAAAUGGUUGUCGCUCUUUACUUGAUUUCACCGUAUUAAUUUUAUUAUUUUUUACUUAUAACAAGUAGUAAUCAUAAUGAACUUUUCAAGGUUUGUGGCCACACCGCCAAAAGUUCUGCUGGUGUAUUAUAUUACUGCUAAUUUAGAAUAAUAAUCGUAUGUAAUUAUAAUUAAAUAGGUUUUUAUAAUUAUUCUUUGUAAAAUAACUUUUUCGACUGAAAAUAUUUUUGUAACCGAUAUUUUUAGGAUAACCACUUUUAAACUAUUUAUUUCUACUUAUAGUACCUAUUUUUUAAAUCUGAACAUUAACGUACUUUUUGCACAUAAGGGCAUUUUUGUGGAAAUUAUUUUUUUAGUUUUACUUUACCCCACCCAAAGCUACUUUCCACUUGCUUUUCAUGAAAUGUGAAUAUUUACCAAUUAUUAAAUAAAAUGUAACUUGUAUUAAACAGAAAAUAAAUGAUUAAAAAAUA